AUGGAGUUCUACGCCGACGACCUGGUUCCAUGGCUAGAAAACCAGACCUCGAACCUUGCCACCGGAUCCGCCAGCGCGUUAGUAACCAUUGCUAUGGACGCGUUGGUGCCAAGCUCCAACACCCAUCUGCAAACGCUGCGGCCAGCUGCUAAUGGCUCCAUGUCGCAGUCUUCGGGCCGCAAUGGGGUGCAGCCACAGCAGGCGAGCCGCAGUAGCGAGCCACAGCAGGUGAGCCGCAACAGGCAAGCUGCAGCAGUGAGCCACAGCAGGCGAGUCGUAGCAGGUCAUCUUGACCUCAUGUCGAUUCUGGAGACUUCAAAAUUUAAAAGAGUGUAUUUCAUUUGCGUAGUAGGCAUAUUACGAAGGGAUUCUCUAUUAUGCCUCUCCAUAUCCACAAAUGUUGCAACCAGCAUAUCCUCAAAGGCCACUUGGAGCAGUGGGAGUCAUGCAUGCCCACCAAUGUUGGCUAUGCGGGGUCCAGUGGUCCCUACAAUCAUUAGACGACCCAUCAAUACAAUAACUCCAGCUGAAAAGCCAAUAACCACAGUUUAUGUUGGCAAGAUAGCAUCAUCAGUGGACAAUGAGUUCAUGCUCUCCCUUUUUGUAGAUCCCACUACUGGGGCUUUGAAGGGCUUUGGUUUUUGUGAAUUUAGGAAUGUUGAAGGAGUUCUGCGUGCUUUAAGGCUUCUGAGUAAAUUAAGUAUUGGUGGUCAGGAGCUCAUGGAAAUUGAAGAGGCUGAAAUUGAAUUGGAUCUAAUACAGAAAGAGCAGUCUGUUGAGGAGUCAUCUAAUGAUGUCACAGAUUGGAGAAAGCUUCCUUUUCUAGCCAGUAACAUUCUUUUUUUGAAUUUAUGA